AUGCCUGUGCCCGAACCGUUGCCGCAAACGAAUCAUUCUUCUCAAUAUGAACCAUACGUAUCGUAUUUUGGUGAUAUAAGUGAGGUGAAUGGUGCUGUCGAUCACAUAAUUGAAACCCUUUCGUCUAAUGGGGAAUAUUCAGGGAUUGGUCGUGUUCAAAGUGAGCUAUUUAGGUUGUUUCCUCACGUAAGGCCGUUUCUUCACGAUCGCAGGAUUCACCCGGAUCAUAUCCCAGCAAUAAUUGUCCAUCGACAACUCAUUCAACAUGUCAAUUCUCUUUUAUGGGCAUAUGCUGUCACUCAUCCGAUUGUAACACUUAAUGACUUGGACGCAUUGAUGGAGGUGCGCCAAAUUGCGGUGGAGGGGAUUGUCUCUGCGACUUUUCGUUUCAGUGAAACUUUAAAUAGACGGUUCGUUUCGGUUGUUGAAAUGCUUCGUCCUGAAAGUCUAGCCCGAGCCUCAAAAAAUGCGCAGAACAUGUUGGACACUGACAUUCGACAAAUUUACGGAACGUUUGCCAACAGGGUGGUGACAAACGAAGCAAUAGCACGUCUACAGCGGCAAAAACCGGUGAAGGCUCUUCGUGCUUUAUCCCGCAAUUGCAGAGACCUUUACGAUGAUUUGGUAAAUUGGGCUGAAGGAAAGAAUCUUGCAUGGCCCUCGGGCUUCAUUGAGUCCCUCCUCUCCUUCGAGAAGUUUCUUAACAGUGUCGCCACAUCCGGGCCAUUCAGGUCACUCUUGCAUUUGGCACUGGUGUACUCCAAAACCGACAAUCUCAGCACAGAUCUGCUCUUGUCGAAAAUCCAGAAGUCUGUUGUCAUCAACGUAGAUGCUGAAUCAGAUGUUGAAUGUGGGUCAGUGAUCAAUUUGGACGAGGACAAAGACGGUGCGGAUGCACCAUCACUUGCAGAAGUCGUCGAACGUUUUAAUGAAUUCUUUGACACGUUUUCCAAAUCCGUGCGGGACGAAUCAGUGGAUCCGUGUGUGCCCUGGCGAAUUCUCUCGGACAUUGAAAAACAGCUAAAAAUUUCAACGGGAAAGUCCCUAGUCGCUUUGCUUACUGAAGCCUCAGAUAAGGAUUUCGAUGGACCCAAGCCUAAGUGUCUGUGCGUACUUCCCCAAGUAAGAGACGAUCAACCACAGCCCCACCAGCAGGCAGCACAUGGUUCACCAGAAAAUGACAACGAAGUUUCCAUGACAACUUCUGAAAUUCGGAGACUUCGAGAGUUCCUCCGUCAUCUAACGUGCUUGGCUGAGCGUUCUGCUGAGGCUUUGAUGGAUGUCGCAACGCAACACCUGAAUGUGCCUAGGACGCCUAGUGUUAAACAAAUUAUCCACUGUAUCCUAACCGACACUACAGGCUCGUCGGAGCAACGGGUAUUCAUGAUUCACCCAGCGGAGUUCAGUUUUCUGUGUGCAAAAAACAACAGGAAUGUCGAUGUGCUGAUGCCCCACGAAUUGUUCACUCAACGGUCGGCCGUGUUGCGUUUCCUCGCCACGUGUCCUCCUCUCUGCGACCCCGAAAGUUGGACCCUCUGGUCUCUCUUUCCCGGUUCUCUCGCGUCCCACUGGGGUAGUCUCGAUGAAUUCAUUGUCGAUACCGUCUCCAGCACAGAAGCUCACGAGAAAUACAACUUGGCCGUUGUCAAAUUGGCCUGUAAUGGCUACAUUCGUUUAACCACAAAUGGAUCACCAUCCGUCCUCGUCUCCCGUCUAUCGGAAUGCGCUUCGUCAAAUUCCGACUUAUCGCUCAAUUCCCCUCGUCGUCUUUGUGACUUGUUGAUUGGUUCUGCCCUUCUUGUAAACCGAUUCCUCCCGCCCACUGAUUCUAUUCGAGUAAUUGGUACCGAACUCAGAAUGACUCCACAUGAGAAGAUAUGGAACUGUCUCCUGCGAACCAUCAUGUUGGCGUCUCCAAUCCCAUUACUCGGUGUUCUAUUUGCUAAGAUCCUGGUUCCCGCUCUCGCCGAAGUUUCCAUUGUCAUGGAGGAGGGGUCGGGCCUUCGGGGUCUUGUCGAAUGUGCGGUCGAAUGCUCCGAGAAAGAUCGCCUAGUUACAGCCAUUGGGGUUGUGGGAGGCCAACUGGGAUGGCCGGUGUGGAUGGAAGUUUUCAAAAACUACCGUCUUUCUACAAAAGCGCCAUUGACUGAGGUGCCCUCUUGCCAAAUCGAGUUUCCCGGGACUUGUCUAUUUUUGCCAAGAACUAAUUCUUCUCUUUACGAUUUGCUAAUGUUGACGUCUUCGUGCUACUCUUACUGCCACUUGUUGCAGACUAAUUCCGGCCUCGAAGCCUCUGAGCAGCUCGAGAAAUCCGCCCACACCCCAGUGGCAUCCAGUCGUAAAAGAGCGAAAUCUGUUCGACAGGUGUUGCCUGUCGAUUUGCCAACCGACGAACAAUCUGUUGAUACCGGUGGAGUUGGCGACCGCCAAGACUUCAUCGAAAACCUUCGAAAAACUGAAUUCGGUCUUGGAAUCGAAUUGGACGUUAAUGCCUUAAGUCUUCUCCAGCGUUUCGAGGGUCGGCUUUCUCGGAGCUUGAAUUGCCUCUCGCAGGAGUUGUACGGUCAGCCCGGACACUUUCUGCUGGAGCUCAUCCAAAACGCCGAUGACAACAACUAUGCAUCUGACACCACACCAAGCAUUGACUUCCUUCUGGCGGACAGCACCCUAGUUGUUAGAAAUAAUGAGGCCGUGGGCUUCACUGAAGCUGACAUGGCGGCCCUGUGCGAUGUCGGCGUUAGCACGAAAGUUGGUCAUCGGGACGAGCAGACAGGUCGCAAAGGUAUUGGCUUCAAGUCCGUCUUUGCAGUGUCCGAUGGGCCUGAGGUUCAUUCUAAUGGCUUCCAUGUUCGUUUUCAACGCAAGGCGGGCAGUGAAAGCGCUUCUGUUAUUGUCCCUGAAUGGGUACCCACGUCCUCCCUCGAUGUGCACGACGACUCACAAUGGAGAACGGUGUUCAAGCUGCCUCUUUCCCCGGAUACGUGCGGACCCUCAGCCAGGCCCGAUUCACUUGUCCAACUUGCCCGCCAACUGCUCACCCACCAUCUGAUACUGUUUCUUCGACGUAUCGAGUGUAUUUUUUUUCGGACCGACGAGGGGGUUUCUGUGAGUAGAAAUACUAGAUUCGCCUUCUUCACGGGUCUUUUGGCUAAUACUAGCCUCCAAUCAUCUCUGACCUUUCAAUUGGAAAGAAAAAGUGAACUGCUAUUCACAAUGGGUGGUCCAAAUCCAUCUUUUCUGAAGCUAUUCACCGUUACGGAGACGCACAACCAAUCCCGAAAUUCCUCUAGGUGGCUUCUUCUCAGACACCGCGUCUCUGUCGAUACUAAGAAGUUGAGGCAUCUCGGUGGCAACAGUAUGGCAGUCAAGACCCUGCCAAAACGAACUGAUGUCGCGGUUGCUAUACCGCUGACUAGCAAGAACCCGCUGCCCGUAUUCCCGGUUUAUUCUUUCCUCCCUGUUCGAAGUGCUGGCUUCCACUUUUUGCUUAAUGCCGACUUUGACUUGACCUCGUCACGGGAGGACAUCGAUGGGACAAGCGUUUCGCCCACUGACGCAAUUCAGCUGUCCCAGUGUGAGAUCUUGGGGCGGGUUCUUGAUUGCCUCCCAGUCACAAGCCACAAGAAAGCGCCUAUCAUGGGAAUCUUCGCGUGUUUAGGCGAACAAAUUCGCGAUAGACUUUCGCGUCUGUCGUGGCUACCCGUUCUGGGAGGGAUCAAGUAUUCCCCGCCCAGCAAAGUGCUUUUUGUUCCCCAAAAGAUGCUCCAGGUAGACAAGUCGCCCCAUCCAGACGACUUUUUAACUCGCCUGUUGAUUGAUCGACUAGGAAUGCACGAACUAAACCCGGAUUUCUUUGCGAUGUCAUGCAAUGGGGAGGAUGGAGAUGAACUUGGGACCUCAUGUCGUCAGGUAGAGCGACGCAUUGAAAAGCUCGUCUAUCUUGGGAUUCAGCCGAUCUCUGCUGACUCUAUCGCUGAGUUAGUUUCCACCUUGUCCGCAGAAGAAUUAAGGCGACCAGGUAUGUUGUAUGCCUUGCUCGCGAACAUUGAAUCCAACCUGCACCUCAAUUAUCAACGUCACUUGUCUGUAACGAAUCGAGUCGCCUGGCAGCGUCGGUUUCUCCGGACUCUAAGACACCUGCCCCUAUUCCCCCUUCUCGAUGACCGUUUGGUCAGCUUGGAGAGUAUUCAGGAAAUGUCUGGCAGUAGUCUGCUGAAGAAUCGAAAUCACCUGAUGGUUCCAGCACCCCAGCCAAUUGAUGAGGGCAGGACAGCGGCCACCUAUGGCGAUUACUUGGUCCUACUGAGCCGACUAGGACCGCUGCUUUCUCCUUCGGCAAUAUAUCCCAUGGAAUGCGUGUCACCUGAGUUACCGAGUCUUUUGACAUGCAGUGUUGACGGUCUCGGGGUCACAGUGGCGAAAUCACCACUCGAUGUCAUCAAUUAUUGGAUUCGUCCUCAUCAGUUAGAUUUCGACCUCAACGCGACCGAAAACGCCGAUUGGUUCAUUGCAGCCGCCCAAGUAAUGGUUUGGGCCGGCCAAUUAGAAGACAGCCUAGUAUCCUGCCUGCCAAUUGUUUGUGUUGGAAAACCAUCCCCAAGGCUAUUCCACCCAAACACUGAUGUUGCAUUUCCGCCUCCAGUCCUGCUGAAUCGGUAUUCAGAAACAGAAGAAAACCAAUUGCUGUCGAUGUGCCUAGAGACGAUGGAUGAAGGGGAGAAGGAAGACGGAGCUGUUCUGGUAGCCUCUGCUGACUACUUUAAAACAGCCGGCUUUUCGCUAGCUUUGGACAGCCUGGAACUGUUCGAAAGGUGGAACGAUCUCUUUUCCAAGGCCGGAUUGUCUACACUUCGAUCAAUUCACGUUCGGAGGUAUCGGCUGGAGGAGGGUCCCGAAGACCUGCCCCUCCUUCCUGCGACGCACCCACUGAGGCUUUCUCCUGCCCUUCGGAAGUUGGGAGGCCGUGUGGUCAUUGAGGACUGGGUGUGCCCCGGGCUCGAGGACGUGCUGCUGCCCUGGAUCGAAAGAACCGUGGAGCAAUUUGGUCUGCAUGACUCGGCGAAAGUGGCUUGUCAGAAGCUAUCAACGGUGCUUUCUCGCAAUUGGGUGGAGUCCUUCGAAGGUUAUACUUUGGCUGUCGCAUACGAGACCACCGCCAACAGACACAAGCCAAUUCCGCUGGGCGCCUCUUCGUGGGUCCAUGCACUGCGCACACGCAAAUGGCUCACUCUCUCUAGUGACUCUCAAGUUUUUGUAGCCUCAACUAGCAGCAACAGUGCGGCGCUUGCCUUGGAUUUUGUCUCCACAAACUCCAUCUACUCCCCCACUGCUUUCUCGGGGUCUGCACUUUCCUUGGAUAUGCAAAAUAUGUUUGCCCAGGCAUGUUGCAUAUGGAAACCUUUCGACGAUGACGAGGUGGCUUUGCCCGCGGGCCUUGUUAAGGCUCUCGGACUGAAACAACACGUAGACGAGUCUACCUUUCAGCAUCUAAUGAGUCACUUGAUAAAAAAUGGUGACAAUCUGCCAGAUUACGUUACACCUGGAAGCCUUGUUGACGUUUACCAACUGGCCUUGCAAACUCUUGGUGGAAGCUCCGCCGAGACCCUGGCCACGAUCUUCCCCUGCAUCCUCGUGCCCUGUAGUUCACCCCACAGUACUCACAAGAGGUCAAAGAAGACCAGUGAAAUCGAUCUUGAUAAUCAUGAAUCAGACUGCCCGGCCUGUGCCCGCAGAAAUGCCCAUGCUUCUAGAACACACGGCCAGAAGAGGACUGCAGUUGGUGAGGUGCGGUACCACCUGGUUCCCACGAAGUUGACCUGUUGGCAGCGAGUCCUUUUGCCACCCGUCCCUGUGGACGUUGGCGACGCGAAUGACGACGGGGAGAUCGAUGAAAAUGAAUAUCCCGUCCCCACCUUAAACACUACCUCUGUUAGCCUCCCAGCACCCCGGGUCUUCGACCAACGAAUUCCACUGUGCAGUGUGUAUGGACCAGAGUGGAAGAGCCUUUUUUGCGAUGCUUUAAAGGUACCAUUGACUUCCUGCCUGGAUGAGGUGUUAUCCCUGCGACCCUCUCCUCCCCUGCCGAAUACCGACUCUUCCUGCUGGCAGGCUUCACAUAAAGCCUUCGGUCGCCAACUGGGUGCCUGGUACGCCCUUAUCGACUUUUGCCUGGUUGUCAGCAGGCAGGACUCGUGUCCGCCCGAUCACCUUGAUCAACUCUUGUCAUUUCCGCUGCUUUACGAUAUGUCGGGCCGCUGGCAAACUCCCAAGGACGUUUGCAACUCGGCUGGCACUGCCACAGGGUUGGGUGUGCUCUUUGCUUGGCGUAAUCCGGAUUUGGUGUCACUGUUAGCUGGUUCUGCUGAGCCCCCACCACCUUGCCUCCUCGGUCACAGCCUGGAGACGCUUGAGGCUUUUGCCACUUCACCCACCUGCGUUUCUACGAAUCCGGCUCCCCAAGAAUUAGUUCCAGGCAAGGAGGUUGGGACGUCUCACUCUCUUCUGCUAAAUGUUUUACAACUACCAGUGAGUUACAAGUCACAAAUUUUCACCUGCCUGUAACAAGUUUUUGACGAAGUAGUUUCAGUGAGCGUUGGCCUCUUCGAAAUUGAUAGUGUCCAGCGCAAGGGGGACCGCGUAGCUGGCUUCGCUGUACCCUGUCCACCCCUUGAUCACCUUGUGAAGGAGUUUAGGCUCCUAGCACGAUCCUGGCUAUCUUCUGUCAAUAGGCAGCACCAGCGAGCCCCUCCUUCCGACUUUAUCUGCGCUACUUCGUCUAACAUCAUGGAAGCCUAUCUUCUUCCUGACCUGACGCUCACACUUUCACUUGCACAAUCAGGGCCUACCCAUGCGGUUAGACCCAAGUGGACAAUUCCUUCAGUUGCAUGCCGCUUUUCCAAAGGGAAACUGUACGUCGAUAAGCGAUUUGAGCCCGAUUUCGUCAACGGCAUGGCCUCGCUCUUUGGACCUCGAGGAUCCAUUUAUCAUGUAAUCCUAAAGGAGUUGAUCAGAGCAGCCUUCCCAACUUGUCGCACUGCUCAACUUUCACUUUUCCACUUUGCCCGUGGAUUUCUCAGCAUGAAAGCCUCUUUACUAGCAUCCGGCACCAAGAGCGCCGAGGUUUCUGAAAAUUUGCGUGCCUACUUUUUAUCUCAUGGCAUUUCCCAGAACAGUCAACCAGGGGAGGAACUCAUUCGAUUCCUCCUCUUCCCCCAAAACCACCCUGCAGGCUCGAGCCCCACUCUUGCCACACCUUCCACCUCCACCUCAAAGUGUGAAAUUCCAAAUGUGCUUAGCCUGUCCGGAAGUGGUGAUACAGUCAAAAAGAGGACUUCUCAACCAGUUGUACCUGGAGCUACCCGUGGGACGCGUAACCAGACUAUUCUAUCCGAAGCCUUUGAUUUUGGCAGACCUCAGUCAUUGGCUGUUUACCAGACGGUAGACUCUUCAAGCAGCUCUACCCUGUGGAAUGAGCAACUAGUGAUGAACUCGUCGCGUUUAGAACAUAUUCUCGCUUCGUCUGAUGUAAAAUCGGACAACAGUGACCUUGGUCGGCUCGGUGAACAAUCCGUUUACGAAUAUUUGAUGGAACAAAUGACUAGCAGCACUGAAUUCACAUUUCCAUCAGGCCAUUCGCAUCUGGGAAUCGGGCGGUUAACUGAGGUGCGGUGGGUCAAUGGGGAUGGCGAAUCAAGGCUUCCGUACGACCUAACAGUGUGCUUAGAGGCUUUUAAAAGGAUUCUCAGUGCGCUCUUACCUCUUUUUUUUCUAUUAGUGCACUCCAAGAUGUCUUCGCUGCCGACAGAUUUACAGUCUGAGGUAACUGCCGGUGUGGUUCGCCGGUCGUCACAGUCGACUGCUUCUCAUCUUCUCUCUGUCGGUCCCAUUUUCCUUGAGGUCAAAUCCACCGGAAGUUUACCUGGCGAUCAGACGUCGUCUGGUAGGCUGGAUCUUUUUGAGAUUUCCCUCUCGGAAGCGGCAUUUGCUAGGGAAGUUGGCUGGCGCUAUCACCUCGUUCGUGUGCACUGGUCGCGCGGCGGCGGCGAUGGCAGACAGCCCCUUCGGCCGCAACUCACCCACAUUCCCAACCUCGCGGACGCCCUCACUGCUGCCAAGUCGCAACUCAGGCUUUGUAUAGGCAUGAGACGAUGA